GUUUACUCAAGGAUCGCGUGAUUAAUUUAAAAUCAUAUACCUAAACCGUAUUAUAGCUCGAUAAAAUGGCAAAUUCGUUUACAAAUAAAAAAAUAGAAAGUUUUCUCAUUAAUUUUUACACGUGUAGGUUUUCUAGACGUGUAUUCAAGUACCUUGUAGCCUAUGAAAUGCUGGUAGAAUGGUUUUCGGGAGUAUAAUGGCCAGUGGCGGUCUAAGGGUAGGCAAUACGCUUCGAAAGGGCUCAUUUCAGAAUGAGGGACCCCCCCCCACUCACUGUUGAUGUAUUUUAUUCUCCAUUCACGACGGCAAUGAAGAGAAAGACAGAUUACGAUCAGACAAGGCCAAUUUUUCUUCUACUUUUCUGUAAGAAUUGAGAAAAAAUUAUGUAAUUGAAAUAAAUACAUUUUAAAAUGUGUACUUUGAUAAGGAAUCUAUGUACAUCUAUGUACGUACCUGAAGAAGAACAGUUUAAAACUUCUGAAGAUAUUCAUGAUUUUUUUUCAUUGAAAAAAAAAACAAAAACAAAAAAAAACUCAUCUGAAUAGUAUGUUUCAAUAGACAUCAAUAAAAGCAUCCUUUCUAUCUGGAAGCAUGAAUUUCGAUGCUGGAAUUUAGUGAAGACCGGGUGGGGGGGGGAUGGACUAAAUAAAACGUGAAUCAUAUGAUAAUUUCCAACAACCUAUUGACCUAAUUUUUGAGACUUCACAUCAGUAGUUUUUUCUAAUUGGAGCAUCAUCAUUUUACACAACUUUAUUCACGAAUGGUCCCACUUUCAGAACCUUCAACUUCUGUAUUUAUAGUCGGGGAGCGCGCAUAAGGAUCUAUUGUACCCCUCGCCGAUCCUCCGAAAGAAAUUUUUUCUUGAAGGGGGUGUCCUAAAGAACAUUUCUAGCCCUUGUUCUCAAAAAAAAACCAUCCCUAUACUCACAAAAUGGCGACCAUUUUGAUUGGCAAUGGCAGGUCAGCCGAAAUCGCAGAUUUUGAGUUCCAAACAUAGGACUUGGAAUGAAAUUUUUUAAACCGUACAUAGGUACCUAGAUCAAAAGAGCAGGCAAAAAUUCAUCACCUGACAAAAUUUCAUGUCACGAUAAUCGCGAUAGCUCAUUCAAUCAAUCAAUUCAAUUAUUGUGAUGUUCAAUAUCAUCGGUAUCCCUGACACCACUUGAGCUGGAAAUUUGACAUAUUACAAUUUAUCAGUGCUGAAUAUGGUUACAUACUUCGUGUUAUCAAUACAAUUUUACAAACUUACAACAUAAUUAAUUACAUUUCAGGUAUAAUAAUUAUACUUGAAAUGAAUGUUGGGUCGAAGAAUGAACGGGAGUUAACUAGUGGAAAAUAAGGUGUUUACACCCACCUUUUUGUUUUUUCAACAGUUAAAUAUAAGUACAGACACUUGACAUAAAUAUUUUUGUUUCGAACCUGAGAAUUUGUGAGUCUUGGCUCAUUAAGCUACUCCAGAAAGCUUAUUAGAUCGGAUAUUGGUUGAAGGCGAUACUCUGGGGAAAUUUUGAAGAAAUAGUUGACCAAAUUUGCGUUUUCCAACAGCAUAAUCUGCAUAAUUAUACAAAACCAACAGAUACAAGUAAAACCUUUUAUGCAAGUAAAAAUGCUUGUGUUGUGAUUUCCGAUUCAUACAACUUUCUGGGCUGAGUCGUUAGGUGAUGAUUUGUGAGUCUUGGCCCAAUGCUUAUUACAUUGGAUACAGGUUGAAGGCGAUAUUCUGGGGAAAUUAUGAAGAAUAUUUGAAGAUCAAAAAUGCACGGAGCUAAAUAAUCUAAAUUAAUAUGCGUCGAAAAAUAGGUUGAAUGAAAAAAAAAAAAGUAAAAAUAGAUUAUCAGAUGGCAAAAGUCAUCACAUUUGGUCAAUUUUUGGCUUUUUCAAUAAAAAUAAGUAAAUAAAUGGAAGGAUAAAUAGGCGAAUAGAAUGAAAAAACUUGUAAAAUGAAAAUAAAAAAAGGAAAAGAUGGCAAAUGCCACAACAUUUGGUCAACUUUUGGAUUUUUGGAAAAAAUGAAAAAUUACAAAAUCCACAAACAUUUGGUAAGUUGUUGAAACUGAAGAAUGAAAGUAUAAAAAAAAUGAAAGAUGGCAAAAGCCACAACAUUAGGUAAAUUUUUGGCUUUUUUUUGAAAAAAAUGUAGAAGAACGUUAUCAAGAAAAAAAUGUAUGUAUAAAAAAAAUGAAAAGAUGGCGAGAGUCACAAAUUUUUGACCGAUUUUUAUUACUUUAAAAAAAAUUGAACUAAAAGAAACAUUUGGUCAAUUUUUGGCUUAUUCAUGAAAAUAAAUAAAUAAAUUCAUAAACAGGUGAAUAGAAUGAAAAAAUAUAAAAAAGGAUGGAAAGAUGGUAGGCCGCAACAUUUGGUCAAUUUUUGGAUUUUUGGAAAAAAUGAAAAAUAACAAAAUCCACAAUUCCACAAACAUUUGGUAAGUUUUUGGCUUUUUCAAAUAAAUGAAAAUAAAACUGAAGAAUGAAAGUGUAAAAAAAAUGAAAGAUGGCAAAAGCCACAGCAUUAGGUCAAUUUUUGGCUUUUUAAAAAAAAGUAGAAGAACGUUAUCAAGAGAAAAAUGUAUAAGAAAAAUGAAAAGAAUGAUGGCGAAAGUCACAAAUUUUUGGCCGAUUUUUAUUACUUGGAAAAAAAUGAAAAUAUAAAAAAAGAAAAGAUGGUAAUAGCCACAUCAAUAUCAAAAUCUACAAACAUUUGAUAGGUUUUUGGCUUUUUCAAAAAAAUGAAAAUAAAACUGUAGAAUGAAAGUGUAAAAAAAUGAAAGAUGGCAAAAGCCACAAAGUCAAUUUUUGGCUUUUUUAAAAAAGAAAUGUAGAAGAACGUUAUCAAGAAAAAAAUGUAUUAAAAAAAUGAAAAUAUGGCGAAAGUCACAAAUUUCUGGUCGAUUUUCAUUACUUGAAAAAAAAAUAAAAAUAAAAGAAACAUUUCGUCAAUUUUUUGCUUAUUCAAUAAAAAUAAAUAGAUUAAUUAAUAAACAGGUAAAUAGAAUGAAAAAAUAUAAAAAAAGAAAAAAUGGCAGAAGCCGCAACAUUUGGUCAAUUUUUGGAUUUUUGGAAAAAAUGAAAAAUAAUAAAAUCCACAAACAUUUGGUAGAUUUUAAUAAAAAUACCUAAAACUGAAAAAUGAAAGUGUAAAAAAAAAUAAAAGAUGGCAGAAGCCACAAUAUUCAUUCAAUUUGUGGCUUCUUCAAAAAGAAAUCCGGAAGAACGUUAUCAAGAAAAAAAGUAUAGAAAAAAUGAGAAGAUGGUAAAAGCCACAAAUUUUUGGCUAAUUUUUGGUUUUUUUCAAUAAAAGACCGUGAAAAAUGACAAAAUUUAAAAAAAAGGAAAAGAUAGCUUAAGCUACAACAUUCAGACAAUUUUCGGCUCAAAAUGCAAUAGAAAAAAAGUAUUUAAUUAUACAUAGGUAUUUAAAUCUAACAUAUCACGGCGUUAUUUUUCGAUGAGAGUUCUGAAUCUUGGGCAACAAACAAUUCGUGCAGAAUUGAACUAUUCAAACUGAGCAUUGUAUCUUAUGGUAGCAAUUUUCAGGCCUUCUGGGGUCCAAAUUGAGAACAAACAAAUUUUUCCCCCAGUCAAAUUAUAAAUAGGUGCAGUUGUCCUUGAACUCGUACCAAUUUAUGGUUUGCAGAUACUAUAAAACAGUUACCCUAUCUUGAACAUGAAAAUUCACAUUUUCAGGCAAAUGCACAUCGCGAGGUAAUCUGAAACCUGAUUUUUGUUUGUCACAGCAGGUCAUGUCUGCAAUACGUUUUGGCUGCUGUUCUUCUAGACAUUUGGCCGAAUAUUUUCCCCGGCUUUGAAUUAUAUCAGUUCUACUCUAAAUGUCUUCAAGUUUUAGACCUUGCCAAGGAAAACAAUAUUACAAGCUUAAAAAUGUCAAACUUACCAAAUCCGUUGGCGUGCAUUUUUUUAAUUGAUUAAAAACAAUGCAGGAGAGCGGUCCGAGGGGCUCAUCCAGUUCUAAUGUCACACUUCUCAAGAAGAAGUUUGCUGCAGCUGGCUUCUUGAAUGGGGUAAAUUGUUUCAGUACAUAUAAGACACUUCAGUUCCAUAAGUGCAUUGUAAUAGUGUAAAUAAUUAGGUACACUAACAGGUAAUAAAAAUCGGGUAAAUUUUGAACAUGAUGAAAUAUACAACGCGAACUUUAAUGUUUCGAUGACUUGAGUCAUAAUUUGACUGCUGUACAUGUUUCACUGCUGGGUAAACUUAGUGUUCUUUAUGUGCUCUUUACCUAUUGAGAACUUUAUCCUACAAGUUUAAGGUAAAUACCUACUUGAAUUUGUUACCAAGUACCCAGAGGAAGAUACUAUUUUCACCUCUGGGUAAAAGUUAGAGAGCCAUCAUCUUAAUCAACACCUCUUAACACGUGAAAGUUCAAUUUCAGUGAAAAAUCUGUUUUCCCUGUUACCCACAAAUACUGUGAAAACAUUUUAAAAUGAAUUUACAGCAUUUACAAUUAAAAUUUUAGUACCUAAAUUUCAAUGAGUACAGGUUGACAUUAAGAAAAUGUUACAUCUACACACUAGAUUGUGACUUGAACAACUUAAGCUGGAAACUUCACAUAUUACAACUUAUCAGUGCUGAAUAUAGUUACAUGCUGGUAUUAAUACAAUUUUACAAACUUACAACGUAAUGACGUUUUUGUUUUAUUUCGGGAAGCUGUAGAACCUUUGAAUAGUCAGGUGAUGAUUUGUGAGUAUUGGUCCAUCAAACUACUCCAGAACGCUUAUUACAUUGGUACGGGUUGAAGGCGAUACUCUCGGGAAAUUUUGAAGAAAUAUAGUUAACCAAAUUUGCGUUUUCCAACAGCAUAAUCUGCGUAAUUAUACGAAACCAACAGAUUGAAAGGAAGUGAAAAGAUGUGAUUUUCGGUCACCAAAUUCAUGUACAUAGAUACCCUCCUCAGACCAUCGUCGGUUUGAACAAAUGAACGAGAUCGUUUUUAAUCGUGCUCAAGUGAUGCACCAAGUUCUUCAAACACAACAGACAUACCUAAAAUAUGAGUUACGACGAGCGGAAAAUUCACUCUUUUCUUGGAAAAUUCAAACAAAAAAUCAAAAUGUUGAUUAAAAUUUAAAAAUGAAUAAGUUGAUGUAAUACUCGUAUUUUAAUUUAAAAAUAAGUAAAUAAAAAAAUUAUUUAUAAAAUAAUUAAAUUUAUUUUUAAUUUUACAAAUUACUUAAUUUUUUUUCUUAAAAUGUAUAAAUAUAAAAAAAAAUUGAAUAAAUCUAUUCUUAAAAUAAAAAACAAGUUAAUUGAUACGUCUUGUUUUUUUCAAUUUUGACGCAGUUAUCCGGUUCUUUCCCUGUACCCUUCAUUUGUUUAAUUAUAAACUGGGGGUCUGUGAUUCAAAAUACAUUGGACUUUUAGUACGAGCUCGAGAAUGUUUGAAACCGGAGUAUCAAAACUUCAACAGCCUUAGCCAGAAGGGAUUAAAAGAAAACAGUUGGAGUCUGGUACCUCAAAUGUAACUUCGUAUGGUACGUAUUAAUAAUAAAAAAAUAUUAACAUCAACGUUGAGGCUAAAAAAAUAAAAUGAACAAAUCCAUUGUGAAUAUUAUUCCAAAAAAAAAGGUCGCCAGAAUUUAUUUCUUUGACCUAACUGCGGACUCCCACAAGCCCCUCCUCCCCGAUGAGUGCUUCGCGUAUCAAGAGACACAAUACACCCAUUUUAGGACAAUUAUCUAGGUAUGGUUUUAUAAAAUUUUAUUCAAUUGCGAAAAUUCAGAACUGACCAUGGUAUCGUUGUCAAAUAAUAAUUAUAUUAAGUGAUUUUGUGUAAUUCUUAUCGUCUCAGCUUACUUGUCCUAAUUAGGUACACUGAAAAAAAAAAUGAGCGCGAAAACAACGUUAUCAAUAGUGGCAGGUCAGUAGUUAUUGUUAAAUGAACGCAUCCAUAAAGUGUUUUUACAUUAUAUUGACUCUUCGUUUAGAUAGUUGAAAUUUAUUGUGACAUCGACCUCCGUUGUUUUCGAUUCGUGGAAUUUCUACGACAUUUCAUAAAUAGAUACGUUGAAAAAUUUUCAAAAUAUUUUCAUGCAGUCAUUUCAUUUGUAAUAAAUAGUGUUAUUGUUCGCGUAAUCUUUUGGUUUAUUCUAUUCCAAGAAAGUAAUCGUACGUAAUUAACGUGAUUCGAGUUGUAAUAGACACGACAACAAAUCCUCGCCUCAAUCGUGUAGUUCGUAUCGAAAAAUUCAAAUUUCUUUUUCCUUGAAAAAUGAAUGCGUCGACUAUUUAGAACCGUUAGCAUUUCGGGAACCAUCGCUACCUACCUACAUAGAAAGUGCGGAAAAAUGGACUAUUAUACCUGCACGGUAGUAUUAAUCGCAUCGCUGGUAAUUUUUUUGUAUCAAUUUUUGAAAAAGCGAUAUUCGUUCUUCGAACGAUGUGGCAUACCUUACAUCAAACCCACGAUUUUAUUCGGUAACACGAUCGAUAUCAUUUUACUGCGAAAAUCCAUGGGCGAAGUGUUCGCCGAAUUGUACAAAAAACUAGAACCUCACAGAUUUGGCGGAAUAUUUGCGGCUACCAAACCGAUGAUAAUGAUCAGAGAUCCGAAUCUACUGAAAGAUAUUUUAAUCAAGGACUUCGUCAAUUUCAGCGAUCGAGGCUGGGAUGUUGAUCAUACCCUGGAGCCUUUGACCAAUCAUCUAUUCACUAUGCAUAACGAUGAUUGGAGAAAUCUCAGAAUGAAGUUGAACAGUGUUUUUACUUCGGGUAAAUUGAAAACCAUGUUUCCUUUGGUGAAAGUGUGCGGUGAUAAGCUCUCCGAAGUCAUUGGUAGAAUACCCGAAAACGAAUCGUUUGAUGCAAAAGAUCUAAUGGCGAGGUAUGCGACUGAUGUGAUUGGAAGCUGCGUGUUCGGUUUGGAUACCAAAUCGAUGGAUGAUCCGAACGCUGAAUUCAGAAUGAUGGGCAGGAAACUUUCACAAUUCAGACUGAGAUCGAUGUUACGUUUAUUGCAAUUCGAUGUAGUACCGCAAAAACUAGCUAAAUUAUUGAAAAUAACGUUUUUCGAUUUGAAAACACAACAUUACUUCGGUGAUAUCGUUUUGAAAACUAUUGAGCAACGAGAAAAAACCAAUGCGAAACGAAACGAUCUUAUUGAUUUUCUGAUCGCGAUGAAAAAUGGUCAAACGUCUGAAAAAUAUAAUAAUGUUGGAAAUGGAAGAGAUUUCGAUUUAAAAAUCACAGAUGAAUUACUAGCUGCCCAAGGCUUUAUAUUUUUCUUCGCCGGCUACGAAACAUCGUCGACAAGUCUAAGUUACAUUCUGUUGGAAUUAUCGCAGAAACAAAACAAACACAUUCAGGAUAAAAUUCGUCAGGAAAUUCUUGACAUUACCUCAGCCAAUAGUCGACUCACGUACGAUGUUUUGAAACAAAUGCCCUAUACUGAUAUGGUAAUCGAUGAAAUACUUCGAAAAUACCCACCAAACGGUAUACUGCAAAGGAGGGCGAUAAAAAAUUACAAAAUACCAAAUUCUGAUGCCGUAAUACCCGCUGGUACUGCCAUUAUAGUCUCGAUUUACGGAUUACAUUGUGACGAAAAAUAUUUCGAUAAUCCGCAAGAAUUCCGCCCAGAACGUUUUACCGAAGAAGAAAAAUCCAAACGACUCAGCUGUACUUAUUUACCAUUUGGGACAGGACCAAGAUAUUGUAUAGGUGCAAGUUUUGCGAAAAUUAUGGUGAAAAUUGGGUUGAUCUACGCUCUAAGAAAUUAUUCAUAUCGAACGUCGCCCAAAAUGAAGUUUCCGUUGGAAUUCGAUAAAAAUCUCGGUUUAUUGACACCUUGUAAUAGUAUUUUACUGCAACGAGAGAAGAUUUUAUGAUCGCACAGUCUACGAAAAAACUGAUACAAUUAAGUAUAAAGCUUUCCAAUUAAAUUAAUGCAAUAAAUGCUGCCAAUAGAUAAAUUUUAAGGUCGAUGAGUCGUCUGUAAAGUAAAAUGGUGUAUCGGC